GAUUCACAUCGGCUUUUCUUCCCUGCCCCCCCCCAAAAAAAAAGCAGAUCUCGGCAGCACGCAGCUAAGCGCUUUUUGGAGAGGCGAGGCUCGAAUCGGGUUCUUCAAACCUUCUUUAACCAUCAAUCCAUCCAAAGAGUCUCUCUAAAGCGUCGUAACACUUUUUUUGUUUACAAAUUGCAGCAAACAUGUCUUGGCAAAGCUACGUGGAUAACCUGAUGGCCGAUGGCAGCUGCCAGGAUGCCGCCAUUGUCGGUUACACGGACGCCAAAUACGUUUGGGCAUCGUCAGAAGGGGGCACUUUUAGCGGUAUAACGGCCGAUGAAAUCGAUGUCAUAGUCGGUAAGGACCGGGAGGCCUUCUUCACCAACGGGCUGACUCUAGGGAAAAAGAAGUGCUCUGUGAUCAGAGACAGCCUGCCGCUCGAUGGCGACUGGACUAUGGACAUCAGGACGAAGAGUCAAGGUGGAGAGCCGACGUACAACGUUUCUGUAGGCAGAGCUGGCAAAGUAUUGGUUUUAGUCAUGGGAAAGGAAGGUACCCACGGAGGACAGCUCAACAAGAAAGCAUUUUCCAUGGCUGAGUACCUGAGGAGAGCUGGAUACUGAAGCAGCCCCCUUUCCAUCCAUCCACACAGCAGCUCACUGUAACAUCCCUUCAUCCCUUUCUCCCUCCUUGGUUUUUCUUUUCUCACUGUCACAGCACUACAGAUACUUAGUGGAUGCAUUGUUGUCUAUCCAGCCCCCUAAUUUUUAUUUUAUUAUGUAAACCUACACCCUUUUUGUCUCUUCCUUCUAUUUAGCAUACCCUUUUCCCCAUUUCCCUCAUCCUUAUAGUGCCACAAAACAAGCAUGUUCAUUUUAUGAAGGCUUAAAACAAAAACACAGUACUGUACAUAAACCAUUUAAGACGAUCGGGCUUUUCAAAUUUGCAUCAGCGAAUCGUCACUGUCCAGUUUUCCUGAGGCACUUAUCUAGUAGUCCAUCGAUGCCCCGUGAGUGCUUUGAGCCUUGCUGAGCUGUCGGUUUUCCCCAGCAAUAUAUAUUUUUUCUUUCCAGCAUGGCCAGGAGGGUUUAAAAGUGCAUGCAUAUCUCUUUUUAGCUCAAUAUCAAAUACCUAAGUACCAUACACUCAGUGUCCUCCCCCCCCCCCCCCCCCCCAAAAAAAAAUAUAUAUAUAUAGUAAUAAUAAAAUGAACCACACUACAUAAUUCUUGCCCUUAUACUUGUAACACAUUUUAUUCAAAAUACAACAUCCAAUGCUUUUACUGUUGUAUCUGGAUGUGGUGUUGUGAGUCCUCGAUGUAAUGUUGGAAAUGUUUUCCUUUUGAAUGUGAUGGCAGAUCAGCAUUUACAGCGUCUAGGUUUAAAACAAAAAUUGCUUCUGGACUCUUAAGGACAUUCCACCGCUAAUAUAGCCACUUAGCAACUUAUUUACCAGCUAGUGGAUUUUUUUUUUUUUGAUUUAUAUAUUUUUUUUUUUUAAGCACUGCCCUUGCGAUGUAACUCUGGUUUGGUGUCCAUUCAUUUAUUAUAGAUAUAUAUUUUUCUCCAGUAGGACCAAUUUUUUUUCUUCUGCAUUUUGGAGGAUUAACAGAUUACUGAAUGAUUGACUGCUAGCUUCAUCUGUUUGUAGAACACUAAAUUAAACAUUUCAAAUGCACAGAAUAACACUAACCUCUUGAUUAUUCACUAGUAAUGGUAUCCAUGUCUUGGGGAGAGAUUGCAAAGCUCUAAUGGGAACUACCUGACUUAUUACUUUUUUUUUUCUUUCUCAAUGAAUGUCUUGAAAUAGAUGAAAUGGCAGUCUUAUUGUUGACUUUAAAUCCUUUACCCCCCCCCCUCCCCUUUUUUUUUUUGGUUAAUCCUGUCAGUUUUCAAACAUCCAGUCAUUUGUGCUUUAUUCAACUGCGAUGUAUCAACUUGUCAUAGCACGGUACAAAUAUUUCAUUAAAAUAGGCAAAAAAAAAAAAAUGAACACUGAAAUAACUGUGUACACUAAAUUUUCUGGGUUAUGGUGGUAUUAGUUAAAGAAGAAAAAGACCACUAGUCAGUUGUAUUAACUUUAAUCGAGAGGGGGAAAAAAAAGAAGGAAAAAAAAAAAGCAGUGUAUCCUGUGCCAUAAUGUAGAUCUUGAUAUGUUGCUACUGUGAGAUGGAUUUUAAAACCGCUGCCUUGUAAGGAGUCGAUUUGAGAGUGGCACCUUCUUUGGGAUAUGACAUUAAAAAUUUCAAACUCUCCAGGGCUUGUGGAAUAUGUACAGAUUAAAGUGAAACAUGUCAACGAA